AUGACUGUUGGCUUGGUAUUAUUAACACCAUUAUCAAUGUUCGGAUAUGGUAAUUUUGUGUUUAAAGUUUAUUGCUUGUGGGCAGGAAGAGGAUAUUGGAGUUUUAUUUUCUUAUUGGAAAAGCUUGAUCAAGUAGAAUUGGUUUGGUACGGAGACAAGAUUCCAAAAUAUGAAAAUAGUAUUUGUAUUUCUAAUCAUGUGGCUGAUACUGAUUUUAUUGUUAUUCAAACUUUCGGAAUGAGAAAAGGUAUGCUUGGUCAUACUAAGUUUAUGAUGAAGGAAAUUAUCAAGUAUGUAAUUAUUGUUGUUACAUAG